AUGGCCGCGUCCGAGGACGGCAGUGGCUGCCUCGUGUCGCGGGGCCGCUCGCAGAGUGACCCAAGCGUUCUCACCGACUCCUCGGCCACAUCCUCCGCGGACGCCAGUGACAACCCAGAUGAGAUGGACCAAACUCCCCCAGUGCGCUCCGAGUGCCUGAUCUCAGGGAUCCGCACCCCCCCUGUGCGGAGAAACAGCAAGCUGGCCACCCUGGGCAGGAUCUUCAAACCCUGGAAAUGGAGGAAAAAGAAAAACGAGAAGCUAAAGCAGACGACGUCAGCCUUGGAGAAGAAGAUGGCUGGCAGGCAAGGUCGGGAGGAGCUCAUCAAGAAGGAGCUGCUGGAGAUGAUGGAGCAGGAUGCUGAAAGCAAAGCCAACUCCUGUGGGGGCCCCCGGGGCGUGCAGAGCGAGUCAGCCCCGCCCCAGCAGGAAGCACUGGCAUUGGAAGACGCCCAGCCGGGAAGCCCCUUGGCCACUGGGACAGAACCCCUGUCCCUGGAUGAGCAGCUGUCUGCAGACACCCACCCUGACGACGGAGCCAAGCUGCCGUUAGCAUCCAGUGGCAAAGAAGAUGAUGAUGACAGCCUCUUGUCCACCUCGGACGAGCCCUCUCAAGCCUUAGCUGACUCCCUGGAGAGUCCUCACAGACCCCUGGAGAGAUCCAUGGGCCAGCUGCCCAGCCCCUCACUGCUGCCCACCCCCUCACUGCUGCCCACCCCACCACCCAAGGCCGGAUCCAAAAUGGUGAAAAAUGUCACAGGCCCAGCCACACUCUUCCAAGGCUCCAGUGUGAAGAGUGCAGACCCUGCCCUGCGUGGCCAGCUCUCCACCCCUACGGGAUCCCCGCAUCUCACCGCUGUCCACAGGCCAUUGCCCCCCAGCCGAGUCAUCGAGGAGCUACACAGGGCACUGGCCACGAAGCACCGGCAGGACAGUUUUCCAGGAAGGGAAAACAAAGGGUCCCCGAAGAAGCGUGUGGACGCGCGCCUGUCGAGGACUUCCAGCCUGGAGCGGGGCAAGGAGCGGGAGGAGGCCUGGGGCUUCGAUGGGGCAACGGAGAGCAGGCGGGCUGCCGUCCAGGAGUCCGAGGAGAAUAAGGAGAACCUGCUGAUGGCCUCAGAGCUCAAGGAUGACUUGCUCUUGUAUCAGGAUGAGGAGGCGCUGAACGACUCCGUCAUCUCCGGAACACUGCCCAGGAAAUGCAAGAAGGAGCUCUUGGCAGUGAAGCUAAGGAACCGGCCAAGCAAGCAGGAGCUGGAAGACCGGAACAUCUUCCCUAGGAGGACCGAUGAGGAAAGGCAGGAGAUUCGGCAGCAGAUUGAGAUGAAACUGUCCAAACGGCUCAGCCAGAGACCUGCGGUGGAGGAGCUGGAGAGGAGGAACAUCCUGAAACAAAGGAAUGAUCAGACAGAGCAGGAAGAAAGAAGAGAAAUUAAGCAAAGACUGACCAGGAAGCUUAAUCAGAGGCCCACCGUUGAUGAGCUAAGAGACAGGAAAAUCCUGAUCCGAUUCAGUGACUACGUGGAAGUGGCAAAAGCACAGGACUAUGACAGGAGGGCAGAUAAGCCCUGGACGCGGCUGUCCGCAGCAGACAAGGCAGCUAUCCGUAAAGAACUAAAUGAAUACAAAAGUAAUGAGAUGGAGGUACACGCAUCAAGCAAGCAUUUGACAAGAUUCCACAGGCCAUAGAGAUUUUCUUCUGAGAAGAAUUUGUGUUUAAUUUUUGAUACCAACACUGAACAUUCAUCAGGGAGUUUUCCUGAAGCCCAGCUCACGAUUACCUGACGUGUGUGCGAGAGGAGCAGGGACCACACACAGGUGAAGCCUUUGCUGCACUUACCUGCAGGAGUAGUGACCAGACGGCAUGUUUCACUCUUUGGUGUCUGAAGAGUGUGACCUGUUGGGGUCAGUUAAGACCCAAAUAACUCUACCAGAAGAAAACUGUCCUUUGCCUUUGGACCUUGUUUUGCAGUUUUGCGGUGUAACAGACAAGAGAUGUGCACGUGAGGCUGCCAGCCCGAGGCCUCCAACGUGGACCUGUGAUGGUGUCAUUCAGUAUUACGUUGAAAAGACAUUUUUAUUCCUGAUUACGAUUAAUUUGAAACUCUUUAAGUUCAUGUUAUAAAAAACAGUUCAUUGUAUUAUACUUUUUCCUUUUUUAUAUAAUGUCUAACAAAAAUGACAGCUGCAACAUUUUGAUUCCUGUUCAUUUUGUUCUUUAAUUAAAUGACUACUUAUUUCAGGAAAUGGACCCAGGCUUUACAUUUUCUCGGGAUUGGGUGAGAGAUUUGUUAAAAUAGGCAUCUGUCAAACAAGUCAAGAGUUAAUACUUUGGGACCAUCAGAAUCCAAACGCAUGGAAGAGAAUUCCAACUUUUUUACCUGCUUUGUUUUGUAAAUUCUGUUGGCGUGGGUUGUGCCUUGGAAAAUCAAAUUAUCUUUUUCAAGUUAAUUUACAUUUAUGGAUCAAUGAAUAUAUCAGAGUUCAUUUAACCCAGAAACGAUUCUACCAAGUGAAAAUGAUGUCCUCUUUGAGAGCAUUUUUAAAUUCACAUUUGCAAACCUUAUUGAAAACCCUGGUAAUAAGAGACAUAGGCUUAGAUGGAGUGGAGAUUCUAAAGAGAGGGAAUUUACAAAGGGGAAGGACAAGCAAGGUAACACUAAGCAUUCCCUGAGGCCAUGUCCCCUGGCCACUGAAUAAGUGCCCUCACGGAAAGGAACCCCCUUCCAGUGCAGGUGAGGACAAUGAGCACAGCACUGGGAGCACGGCUUUAGGAGCUUGGCACAACCUGGGUCAGACCCAAACUCUGUGCUGAUCAGAACAUUGCUUAUUUUGUCUGCAGGAUGACCAAAUCUCUCACAACGUUGCUGUGAUACUGAGAUAAGGCAGGUAACGUGCUGGCACAGUGCCUGGCACUCCCUGAGCACCUAAGAAAUGUUAGCCACCAAUAUGGCGGCCAGGUAGCACCUGGAGUGACUGCAUGUCCUCUGGUUGUCCUCCCACAUCUGCCACCUCGUUGC